GCUUAUCUGAUAUUGUCUAUGCUCUGUGUCAAACUUCCUUUUCCUUGUGGCAUGGUGUCGGCAUAAGUUGCCGUAAAAGCAACCACAAUGCCGCAGAACGAAUACAUUGAACGCCAUCAAAAGCUUUAUGGUAGAAGGCUUGACUAUGAGGAACGGAAGCGAAAGCGUGAGGCGCGUGAACCUCACAAGAGGGCCGAGAAGGCGCGUAAACUUCGGGGUAUCAAAGCUAAGAUAUUUAACAAAGAACGUCGCAAUGAAAAGAUUCAAAUGAAAAAGAAGAUCAAAGCGCACGAGGAGAAAAAUGUUAAACAAAAUACUGAGAAAGUCGCAGAAGGCGCGGUGCCUGUGUAUCUUCUUGACAGAGAUGUUCAAUCUCGGGCCAAAGUACUAUCUAACAUGAUAAAACAGAAACGUAAAGAAAAAGCAGGCAAGUGGGAUGUGCCGAUACCUAAAGUAAGAGCACAAGCAGACGCCGAGGUCUUCAAAGUACUAAAGUCUGGCAAAUCGAAGAGGAAAGCCUGGAAGCGUAUGGUGACCAAAGUGACAUUUGUAGGAGAGAAUUUUACACGAAAACCGCCCAAGUUCGAAAGAUUUAUCAGGCCUAUGGCCUUGCGAUUCAAAAAGGCACAUGUUACUCAUCCAGAAUUAAAAGCUACAUUCUGUUUACCUAUCAUUGGGGUGAAAAAGAAUCCAAGCUCUCAGAUGUACACCAGUUUAGGGGUAAUAACGAAGGGUACAGUUAUUGAAGUGAACAUAUCAGAGCUCGGUCUGGUCACACAAGCUGGUAAAGUUGUAUGGGGGAAGUAUGCGCAAGUCUCCAAUAAUCCGGAAAAUGAUGGUGUUAUCAAUGCUAUUCUAUUGGUAUAAUUUGUAUUCGCGUGACAUUUGCCACAAUAAACGAAUAUAUGAGAAA